GAAUAAAAAACAAAAGCCACCCAACCUACAGUGGCUCCUUCUCUACCUGUGGGCGGCCAAUUCUUUGCUCAUAUCACCGUCGUCAACAUGCAUUGAGGAAGAAGAAAGAAGACGUCAACCAUGGGCAAAUCUCGUUGAGCGUCAUGAGCCGGACUUGAUACAAAGAAACAUGAGCCCAGCUCUGAUGCAAUCCUGUACAGCCCUUUCUGGAAGGCUGUAUAGAAGACCCUGUUUUCUAUUCAUCCUGGUGGCAGUGGCUGUCUCCGUGACCUACACCACCUUCACCUUGAAUUGGUGGAACGACCCACAGCGACCCUCGGUAAUCAGUCACACUGGAAAGACUCCUGAUGAAGAUCAGGUCAACCCGCGUGUCUUGACCAAUCGGAAUGGUGUCCAAUGGGAGGAUCCUGGGCGGUACCACGUGGCAUACCCGCGGGGGUACAAAUUCAUAAUGGAUGAGCCGGAGAAGUGUCGGACCGGGAAUCAGGCCCCGUUCCUGGUGCUGAUGGCCCCCGUGGCGCCUGGUAACCUGGCCUCCCGGGACGCCAUCCGCAGGACGUGGGGUAAUGAGACCCUGGUGCAGGGGAAGAAGGUACAGACGCUAUUCAUGCUAGGACUUCCUGGAGGACCAGGUGCCCAGGAGCUGCAGGAGAAGGUGAACCAGGAGAGCCGGACGCACCACGACCUUCUCCAGAGCGACUUCAAGGACACCUACCAUAACCUGACCAUCAAGACCAUGGUGAUCCUCGAGUGGCUCGUCUCGCAGUGCCCUGAGGCCUCCUACGCCAUGAAGAUUGACUCAGACGUGUUCCUCAACGUCCAGAACCUUGUCUCCAUGCUGGUCAGCCCUGACACUCCCAAACAGAACUACAUGACCGGUCUAGUCUGGUGGCACAGCCCGGUGCUGAGAAACCCCAACAAUAAGUUCUUCCUGCCUUAUGAGGUGAUGGCUGAGUCGGAGUAUCCUCCGUACCCUCUGGGGUUUGGCUACAUCAUGUCCAUGGACCUCCCCAAGAAGAUCAUGGGGGUAACUCCACAGAUCAAGCCCAUCUACAUCGAGGAUGCCUACCUGGGGAUGUGUCUGAAGCGACUGGGCAUCUCCCCCACCAAUCCUCCCAGCAAGUCGCUCUUUGACGUCAACCCCAUCUACAGCUACGGACGCUGCAAACUGUCCACCGUGGUUGCUGUGACGACGACCAACGUGAGCCAGCUGCUGAGGUACUGGCAGGACUACACAAGGCCCGGCCCGCCGUGCUGAGAGGGUAAUCGCCACAGCAACCAUUGCUUCUUCCUGUUUGGAAAACGGAAUUCAUGAAGACACUUCCUGUAUGUUUCCCUUCCUGGAGAUGUUGAAUUGGAACUUUGGGUAAGAGACAUUGGCUCUUGCAUAAGAGACAUCUGUUCACUCUUGUUGGGAGAUCCAUAGGUUGUUUGGUAUUUUGCUAAUGUAUACCUCAACCCCUCCCUUUACAUUGACUGUGGUGCAGUGAAGGUGGAUAGGUUUUGGAGACAGCUUAUUGGGCCUGUCUCAAUACCUUUCAACUGUCACAUGCUGCAACAAAAACAGCCCAAGCUGCAUAUUUGUAUAAUACCUGAGAGCCUUAAGACUGGAUCCUAUCAGAUCUGCGCUAGCCGACACCCGCAUAGUGGUUGUAUUGGUGGUGUCGGAGGUGGCACUGUCAAAUCCACAAGCGGCUCCAGGCAUUAUACCUAAAGUGGACAUUGCCAUUGGCUGACAUAUAUUGUGUUAUUUUAUGGUUGGUUAUGAUCAACCUACCACACAAGGCAAUAGCCUACGUGUCAACAGUAUGUUUAUGUCAUAUAGUCCCGUUGAGAAAUUUGUAGUUACUUGUUUUGGGUAAAAAACACUUGUCCAUUAAAAUAACAUCAAAUUGAUCAGAAAUACAGUG